CUCAUUUUGACCACAGCUGGAGCAAGGCUGGCGGCAGAUCCAUGCCCCGAGCCUUCAUCCAGACCCCUUCAUGGCUCAUCUCUCCCGCAAUGCGACAAAUGGGGAGGCGGCAGGCGGCCUGCUCGGGAGGCGACGCUACACUUGGGGGUGAGAGCAUCGCCUCUGACCCAGCGACUGUCGUGCGGCUCUCUGAUGAGGAGAGCGGUCGGCAGUAUGAGGCUCUCGACGACGUGGAUGUGCUGAUACAGAGGCUGCUGAAUGCUGGCGAGAGUCAGCUGCCGUCCAUUGUGUACAACAGCCUCAGCUUGGUGAAUUCCAAGCAGUUUGAGUACCGCUUCAAGAACAUGAUCGAGCGCGCCCCUGACUCGGAGGAGAAGCGCCGGCUGUCGGCCCUGCUCGUGCGAGUCUACAAGCUGGAGGAGGAGAUCGUGGCUGAGGGGCGCGACAAGCUGACCGCUGCCGAGAGCCAGGCGCAAGAUCUUCUGCAGAUCGCGACGAACGAGAAGGGGGAGUUCUAUUAUCCGCUGCCAUGGGAGGUCAAGGAGCGGGUCCGCACGUUCAUGAGGGACCCCGCCAACCUGCAGCAGAUCGAUGACGGGCAGCUGUUUUCCAUCCAGCGGUGGUACGAGAAGGGCCAGGCCGACGAGCGAGCCUUCCACAUCCUCCCCACCCUGGAGCUCAUUCUGGAGUCAUGGGCGUCUCAGACGGUCCUCAACGAGAUAGAGAACGACAAGCGGCUCAACCCCAGCUCGUGGAUGGCGACCUCUGCGGCCGGUCAGGUGCUGCAGAAGCUCUUCCAAACCGAGAGGCAGUGGUGGUGUGAGGAGCUGGAGAGCGACCUGAUGCCGCGAGGGCCUGAGGGCGAGACCAAGUGCAGCGUUGAGACGGUGCGUGAGACGCUGGAGGAGGUCAUGAAGGACAUCGCACUGCGGCAGAACAUGGGCAGCCGCAAGCAGACCAUCCUGGUGGACUACUUUCGGUCUGUGGGCAAGUGCCUGCGGGAUGUGGAGGACAAGCACGAGCAAGUGGUCAAGGAGCACCUGGCGGAAGAGACUGAGAGCUUCACGCGACUGCCGCCACAAUGAGUGAUGUGAUCUGGUUGCAUGUGUGCGUUUGUCUUCAUGCCUUCCUGAGAGAUCUCCCUUAACCAGCUGGUCUUUCAUUCUCGUUCGUAGCAUGGAGGUG